GAGCGCCCCCGCGCUAACUCCGCCUCUCGCCUCCCCGCCGCUCCGCUCGCCCGCCCCGCGUCCUGGCCGCGGCAAACACUCGAGCGCCGAACUCGACGUGUCCGGGAAGCCCGGGCCACUUUCCCUUUCGUUCUGCGGCCGCCGCGAGCGGACCCAGACUCCCGCGGACUCGCGGGGACAGCUGCGCUCUCGGCCAGGAGCCCAGGGGACCGCGGGCCGAGCCCAGGGGCCCCAGGCAGCACCAUGCUCGACCCGUCUUCCAGCGAGGAGGAGUCGGACGAGGGGCUGGAGGAGGAGAGCCGCGAGGUGCUGGUGGCGCCGGGUGGCUCCCAGCGAGCGCCGCCGGCUGCGGUUCGGGAAGGGCGGCGGGACGCACCGGGGCGCUCCGGAGGUGGCGGUGGCGGCGGAGCGGCUAGACCCGUGAGCCCGAGCCCCUCGGUACUCAGCGAGGGGCGAGACGAGCCCGAGCGGCAGCUGGACGAGGAGCAAGAGCGGCGCAUCCGCCUUCAGCUCUACGUCUUCGUGGUGAGGUGCAUCGCGUACCCGUUCAAUGCCAAGCAGCCCACCGACAUGGCCCGGAGGCAGCAGAAGCUUAACAAGCAACAGUUACAGUUACUGAAAGAGCGGUUCCAGGCCUUCCUCAACGGGGAGACUCAGAUUGUAGCAGAUGAAGCGUUUUGCAAUGCAGUGCGGAGUUACUAUGAGGUUUUUCUGAAGAGUGACCGAGUGGCCAGAAUGGUUCAGAGUGGAGGGUGUUCUGCUAAUGAUUUCAGAGAAGUGUUCAAGAAAAACAUAGAAAAACGUGUACGCAGCUUGCCAGAAAUAGAUGGCCUGAGCAAAGAGACUGUGUUGAGCUCAUGGAUAGCCAAAUAUGAUGCCAUUUACAGGGGAGAAGAAGACUUGUGUAAACAACCAAACAGGAUGACCCUGAGUGCCGUGUCUGAGCUUAUUCUGAGCAAGGAGCAGCUCUAUGAAAUGUUCCAGCAGAUCCUGGGUAUUAAAAAACUGGAACACCAGCUACUUUAUAAUGCAUGCCAGCUGGAUAAUGCCGAUGAGCAAGCAGCCCAGAUCAGAAGAGAGCUUGAUGGCCGCCUGCAGUUGGCAGAGAAAAUGGCAAAGGAAAGAAGAUUUCCCCGAUUUAUCUCGAAAGAAAUGGAGACUAUGUACAUAGAAGAGUUGCGGGCCUCCGUGAAUUUGCUAAUGGCCAAUCUAGAAAGUCUUCCCGUUUCAAAAGGUGGUCCAGAAUUUAAAUUACAAAAAUUAAAGCGCUCCCAGAAUUCAGCAUUUUUGGACCUAGGAGAUGAGAAUGAGAUCCAGCUGUCCAAGUCUGAUGUGGUGCUGUCAUUCACCUUGGAGAUCGUCAUAAUGGAAGUGCAAGGUUUGAAGUCGGUGGCUCCUAACCGGAUCGUCUACUGUACAAUGGAGGUGGAGGGGGGAGAGAAGCUGCAGACGGACCAGGCUGAAGCUUCAAGGCCACAAUGGGGAACUCAAGGAGAUUUCAGCACUACCCACCCGCGGCCUGUGGUCAAAGUGAAACUCUUCACAGAGAGCACGGGAGUCCUGGCCCUGGAAGACAAGGAACUGGGCAGGGUGGUAUUAUACCCAACUUCUAAUAGCUCCAAGUCAGCGGAAUUACAUCGAAUGAUAGUUCCCAAGAACAGUCAGGACUCUGACUUAAAGAUCAAAUUGGCAGUGCGCAUGGAUAAACCACCACACAUGAAGCAUAGUGGGUAUCUGUAUGCCCUUGGACAGAAGGUUUGGAAAAGAUGGAAAAAGCGUUACUUUGUUCUUGUUCAGGUUAGCCAGUAUACCUUUGCUAUGUGCAGUUAUAGAGAAAAAAAAUCCGAACCACAGGAACUAAUGCAACUUGAAGGAUACACUGUGGAUUACACAGACCCCCACCCAGGCCUUCAGGGUGGCCAGGUAUUUUUUAAUGCUGUUAAAGAAGGAGAUACUGUCAUAUUUGCCAGUGAUGAUGAACAGGACAGAAUAUUAUGGGUACAAGCCAUGUACAGGGCCACAGGCCAGUCUUAUAAGCCAAUUCCUGUAGUUCAAAGCCAGAAGCUAAAUCCUAAAGGAGGAACUCUCCACGCGGAUGCUCAGCUUUUUGGUAAAGAUGCCGACCGUUUUCAGAAACAUGGAAUGGAUGAGUUUAUUUCUGCUAGUCCUUGCAAGCUAGACCAUGCCUUCCUCUUCAGAAUUCUCCAGAGACAGACUUUGGAUCAUAGACUGAAUGAUUCCUAUUCCUGUUUGGGGUGGUUUAGCCCUGGCCAAGUCUUUGUGUUAGAUGAAUACUGUGCCCGCUAUGGUGUGAGAGGCUGUCACAGGCAUCUCUGCUACCUUACAGAACUGAUGGAACAUUCAGAAAACGGUGCUGUCAUUGACCCCACCCUGCUCCAUUACAGCUUUGCAUUCUGUGCCUCUCACGUGCAUGGCAACAGGCCUGAUGGAAUUGGAACAGUUUCAAUGGAAGAAAAAGAAAGGUUUGAGGAGAUAAAGGAGAGGCUUUCUUCCCUGUUAGAAAACCAGAUAAGCCACUUCAGGUACUGUUUUCCUUUCGGACGACCUGAGGGUGCUCUGAAAGCUACGCUUUCCUUGCUUGAAAGGGUUUUAAUGAAGGACAUUGCCACUCCCAUCCCCGCAGAGGAGGUGAAGAAAGUAGUCAGAAAAUGUCUGGAGAAAGCUGCCUUGAUCAAUUACACUAGGCUCACAGAGUAUGCCAAAAUUGAAGGGCACGCAGAAAAGGAAACAGAGACCAUGAACCAGGCAACUCCUGCCAGGAAGCUGGAAGAGGUUCUUCAUCUCGCAGAGCUCUGCAUAGAAGUCCUACAGCAGAACGAGGAGCAUCAUGCUGAGGGAAGAGAGGCAUUUGCCUGGUGGCCAGACUUACUGGCUGAACAUGCAGAGAAGUUCUGGGCUUUAUUCACAGUAGAUAUGGAUACUGCGCUGGAGGCCCAACCUCAAGACUCCUGGGAUAGCUUUCCUCUUUUCCAGCUGCUGAAUAAUUUCCUCCGAAAUGACACACUUUUGUGUAAUGGGAAAUUUCACAAACACUUGCAAGAGAUCUUUGUGCCCUUGGUUGUCCGCUACGUUGACCUGAUGGAGUCUGCCAUCGCCCAGUCGAUUCACAGAGGUUUUGAGCAGGAGACAUGGCAGCCUGUCAAGAAUAUCGCCAACAGUCUUCCCAAUGUAGCUCUUCCAAAAGUUCCAAGUCUGCCUCUUAAUCUUCCACAGAUUCCUAGCUUUUCUACUCCUCCGUGGAUGGCUUCUUUAUAUGAGUCCACCAAUGGCUCAACAACAUCUGAAGAUCUGUUUUGGAAACUUGAUGCACUGCAAAUGUUUGUCUAUGACCUACAUUGGCCAGAACAAGAAUUUGCCCACCACUUAGAGCAAAGACUUAAACUUAUGGCCAGUGAUAUGAUAGAGGCCUGUGUCAAAAGAACAAGAACUGCAUUUGAACUCAAGCUGCAAAAGGCAAACAAAACAACUGACUUGCGCAUCCCAGCUUCCGUGUGCACCAUGUUUAAUGUACUAGUUGAUGCUAAAAAGCAAAGCACAAAGCUGUGUGCCCUGGAUGGCGGACAGGAGUUUAGGAGUCAAUGGAUUAUGGAGUCGUCUUCCCACAAAUACUGGCAACAGUACCAUUCAAAAAUAGAUGAUUUGAUUGACAACACUGUGAAAGAAAUCAUUGCACUGCUAGUUUCAAAGUUUGUUUCCGUGCUGGAAGGGGUGCUGUCUAAGCUGUCUAGGUAUGAUGAAGGCACUUUCUUUUCAUCCAUUCUGUCAUUCACUGUGAAAGCAGCUGCAAAAUAUGUUGAUGUCCCUAAACCAGGAAUGGACCUGGCAGACACCUACAUUAUGUUCGUUCGGCAAAACCAGGAUAUUCUUCGCGAAAAAGUCAAUGAAGAAAUGUAUAUAGAAAAGUUGUUUGAUCAAUGGUACAGCAAUUCCAUGAAAGUCAUUUGUGUGUGGCUGGCUGACAGACUAGACCUCCAGCUUCAUAUUUAUCAACUGAAGACGCUCAUCAAGAUUGUGAAGAAAACCUAUAGGGACUUCCGGUUGCAAGGUGUGUUGGAAGGGACGCUGAACAGUAAGACGUACGACACUCUGCACAGACGUCUAACCGUGGAGGAGGCCACAGCCUCUGUUUCAGAAGGAGGAGGACUUCAGGGCAUUACCAUGAAGGACAGUGACGAGGAAGAAGGCUGAUAACGCACAGUUCCACAAAAAGACUGAAGGCCUCGGCAUUGUUUUGUGCACCCUGUCCUUGUAAUUGUACUUACUGACCAAAUAAAAACUGCUCACACUUCUUCAGAAAGUGAACUUGGAGAUAAAGAGAGAAAUGCCAAGUAUUUUUUGAAAGAAAAACCAUAUUCAUAUGUAUGGCUUGACCUAGCAUUGGCCCUGCUUGUGACUGGGACAUGAACUUCUUUUGUCCAUUAAUUUUGCUUUCUUUCUUUGUUGUUGCUGUUAGUAUAUUUGACUUUUCUUUUUAAUAGUCAUAUCAAAAUUGUGCCCCAUGUGUCACUUGAGAUAUGUGUCUCCUGUGAAGCAGCAUUGUGAAAAGCCAUCUCUGGCCACAGCAUCAACUCUAUUGUACCUCUGUCAAAAUGGUGUACCUCCCGGCUAUAAUUUAUGUACAAUGUUAGCUCUGUAGUUAAUUUGCCAGUGUUGUGAUGUGUAUAAAGCUUUAGCCUUGUUUUUCAUGACUCUGAAUUUGUCUGCAGGUGUAAUCUUGGACUUCAAAGAGUUCCAUGCCCAGAUAUAGAGUAGACUGUCCCCAGGCUUCCGUCCUGUUCCUUCCCGAACAUUCUUUUCAUGUGUGUGACAUGGCUAGGUGUUCUUCCAUCCACAUCCUGUGCCCUGCUUCUGAGUGUAAAAGCUUGCAGGCAAUAAAAAUCCAUCCCGUCAUGGCAA